AUACUUUCUGUAUUGUCAAGUACACGUCACGUAUUGUCGAGUUUGUUUUUAAAUAUUUAUCAACUUGGAAUAGAACUAAAAGGAAAAAAUAAAAAAUUACACUAUAACGAUGACUAGUUUACGCCAAAAACAAAUAAAUGCUGUGAAACAAAUGUUGAAUUUGAAUCAACCCCAAACUAAAAUGAGUUCUUCAGAGCCUGUUUGGAAAAUACUUGUAUAUGACCGAGUAGGACAAGAUAUAAUUUCCCCUCUAAUGUCGGUGAAAGAAUUACGAGAGCAGGGUGUUACAUUAUUUGUUCAAUUGCAUUCAGACAGAGAUCCUAUUCCUGAGGUUCCAGCUGUUUAUUUUUGUGCACCGACAGAGGAUAAUUUGGAUAGAAUUAGCCAAGACUUCCAAAAAGGCGUUUAUGAUAUAUAUCACCUCAAUUUCAUUUCGCCAAUUUCUCGGCAAAAGCUGGAGGAUUUGGCAACCGCCGCGAUUACAGCUAAUAGUGUAGCUAAUAUACAUAAGGUCUUUGAUCAGUAUAUAAAUUUCAUCUCCUUGGAAGACGACUUGUUUAUUUUGAAACACCAGAACAGUGACCUGAUAUCCUACUACAAUAUAAACAAAGGGGAUACUAAAGAUACUGAAAUGGAAACCAUUAUGAAUACCAUUGUUGAAAGUUUGUUUUCAGUUUUUGUAACUUUGGGAAACGUCCCGAUAAUCCGUAGUCCAAAGGGUAAUGCUGCUGAAAUGGUUGCCAAAAAAUUAGACAAGAAAUUAAGAGAAAAUCUGUUUGACGCCAGAAAUAAUUUAUUUGUUUCUGACGCACAAUCGGGAAAUUUCAAUUUUCAGAGGCCCCUUCUAAUAAUUUUAGACAGGAACGUAGACAUGGCCACACCUCUGCACCACACUUGGACCUACCAAGCCUUAGCUCAUGAUUUGCUCGAUCUGGCACUCAACAGAGUUGUCAUCGAAGAGUCCACUCCCACAGGAGGUACUCCACGAAAAAAUUCUUCGCAAAAGAAUUUCAGUUCAUUUUUUAUACUUCUAGGUGCCAGGGCAAAGAAUCGUGCUUGCGAACUUGAUUCGAAAGACAAGUUUUGGACGACGCAUAAAGGUAGCCCCUUCCCAACGGUUGCAGAGGCUAUUCAAGAAGAGUUGGAACAGUACAAAUCUUCGGAAGAAGAGGUGAAAAAGUUGAGGACUUCGAUGGGAAUCGACGGUGAAAACGACAUAGCUCUGUCUAUGGUGUCUGACAAUACAGCAAAAAUUACCUCCGCCGUGAAUUCUUUGCCCCAACUGUUGGAAAAGAAAAGACUGAUCGACAUGCAUACUUCCGUGGCAACCUCUAUUCUGAAUUGCAUAAAGUCUAGAAAACUGGACACGUUCUUUGAAUUAGAGGAAAAGAUCAUGAGUAAAGCUCAAGCCUUGGACAAACCGCUGAUGGACAUCCUAACCGAUCCUGGAGCCGGGACUCCGGACGAUAAAUUGAGAUUAUUCGUUAUAUUCUAUAUUUGCAUGCCACACCUUUCGGACUCGGAUUUGCAGAAAUACGAGAAUGCCUUGAACGAAGCUGGUUGUGAUCUGUCUGCGCUGAACUAUUUGAAAAGGUGGAAGAGUUACACCAAAAUGGCAUCCGGAAUGAAUGUGAACCAGUACGAGGGUGCGGGAACUAGGACGGUCAGUAUGUUUUCCAAGUUAGUGUCCCAAGGAUCCAGCUUCGUUAUGGAAGGAGUGAAGAAUUUGGUCAUCAAGCGGCAUAAUCUCCCAGUGACGAAAAUAGUUGACAGUCUCAUGGAUUUCAAAAGCAGCCCUGAAAUGGAAGAGUAUCACUAUUUAGACCCGAAGCAGCUGAAACUGACGGAAAUACCGAGAAAUAGAGCCCCGUUCCAAGAAGCCAUCGUGUUUGUUGUUGGCGGAGGAAACUAUAUAGAAUAUCAAAAUUUAGUUGAUUACGCCAAGGCAAAAACUACAGCAGGAAAUACGAAAAGAAUAUCUUAUGGAACAACUACUCUAAAUAAUGCUAAACAAUUUCUCAAACAGUUUUCUCUGUUGGGUCAGGAGUUAUAGAAAUCUAAGUAUUUAGAUAUCGUUUGUAUUAUAUAAAUGAAAGUAAUUAUAUUUGAUAUAAUUCGCCAGGUGAUACAAUAUAUAUUAGGCAUCAAUCUUGUAUUUACCAUUUAUAUAUUUAUAUUAUUGUAAAAGUCUCGCUCAUGUUGAAUUAAAAGUUGGAGGAAAAGGAAAA